AUGGCCUCUACGGUUGAGUCUCCGCAUACGCCUAGUAACGAUGAGACUGAGGUGUUCUUCAAGGGACUCAUUCCUCUCUUUUCCACCUUCACUCUCACCACUCUCACCACUCUCACCACUCUCACCACUCUCACCACUCUCACCACUCUCACCACUCUCACCACUCUCACCACUCUCACCACUCUCACCACUCUCACCACUCUCACCACUCUCACCACUCUCACCACUCUCACCACUCUCACCACUCUCACCACUCUCACCACUCUCACCACUCUCACCACUCUCACCACUCUCACCACUCUCACCACUCUCACCACUCUCACCACUCUCACCAUCCUCACCAUCCUCACCAGAUCAUAA